AUGGUGAAUGGUGAGCUUUAUUUGCAUCUCACUGUUUUCCAUACUACACUCCAAUAUAUUCAUACAAGGAUGACAGAUGAUCAAGGCACAUCUUCGAAAUUAGUGCUAUUGUCUGACAACGGGGUUGUUGUCACGAUCUGGUAUCGUGCGCCUGAGUUGCUACUUGGAGCAAAGCACUACACAAGUGUUGUUGAUAUGUGGGUUGUUCGUUGCAUAUUUGCCGAGCUUUUGACUUUGAAGCCACUAUUCCAAGGGACAGAAGUUAAAGCCACACCAAAUUCUUUCCAGCUUGACAAGAUAUUCAAGGUGAAGGAGAUGUUGGCAAUUUUUGGCGGGGACAGCUAUUGGAAGUACCAAAUCUACUCAUUCAAAGAAGAGAUUGUUAUCGAUGUAGAGAUUUUGACUUUGUUGUUGUUCUUAACUCUUGGAGUGCUUCAUGGAUACAUUUGUGACGAGUGA